AUGUCUUCGCGACGUCUCGGGGAAGUCGUUCACCAAACAAUUUUUCAUCAGUUGGCGGUUGGCAUUACCGAUGCUAAUGGAAAAAACAUAAACUCCGAUGAAAGAUCAGUAGCCGAUCGAGAACAAACCAAAGUAGAAGAUACAGCCAAUAAUUUGGAUACCGUUGAUAAGGAAAAAGUUGUUGAACAGCAACCGUUGAUUACAACUCCUUGGACAAAGACCCUGCGUAACCUGCUCCAGACCACGGAAGAUAUUGGUGCAAUAUGGAAGGAAUACCGAUCGAUAGUAGAAGGAGGAAAUUUGAAAAGCAUGGAAAAAAAAUUCAUCAAUAGAUUACUGCAUUCAAUUCAGAAAUUUGACAAGGAUCAUGAUAGUCGUCUAAAAAAAAUUCAAACGGUCAUCCGUGAUCUAAGUGAAGCCGAAAUGAAAGUUGGGCAAACCGUUCGUAAUUACCUGAUAGAAGCAUACUUGGAUAACAAAGAUCUAGAUAAAGCACGAAUGGUUUUUGACGAAAUCAAGGGCAUGAAAGGGCCGCUUGGGAAGAUACCAGUGUGUCCAUAUCGUAUCGCUUGCAAUAUGAUGAUGAAAGCGUACGGGCAUCGGCACUCUAUGCUAACGAAGGACGGGAUACCCCGAAAUGACCUUCAGGAAGUGAUGUCUAUAUAUUCUUUGAUGCAUGAAAAAACUAUAUUUCCUGGUGUAGAAACAAAAAAUGUUUUAGCAGGCAUUUUCGAAUUUCACUACUAUCGUAAUUAUAGUAAUUUAAUUCGAUGGUUCAACGAAUUAAUGGAUAAAAGACUUGUGGAUUCCGGACUAGUGAAAGAGGUUGUGGUCUUUUUGAUUAAAAAAAAAAAUCUCAACGAAGCAAUUCGGAUAUAUGAGAGAAUGAGAUCGUUGAACAUGAUUCCUAGUUCUUAUAUUUACAAUUCGCUAAUUGAUCGACUCGGAAAGCAAGAAGAAAUUGAAAAGGCACUGCGAUUGUCUCAGGAAAUGGAAUCCCUGAUACCUCUUGACACAGUUUCAUAUAAUGUGUUGAUUAAAACCUAUGGUCUUGCAGAAGAUCAUGAAAAGAUAAAGGAGCUUUUCGAUGAGGUGCUUUCAAAAAAAGAAGCCAAACCUAACUUGAGAACCUUCUCGGAGGCAAUAAAUGCCUGUGCAAAAUUGGGCAGAGUGAAUUCCGCACUUUGGGCAUUAGAAAAAAUGAACUCCCUUGGAUUGAAACCUGACCAAUUCAUUUAUACUUCAUUAAUUGAACUUUUUUCCAAUGUAAAUGAUACACAGUCCAUGGAAAGGGUUUUUCACAAUAUGCUGACAGAUGGUGUCAAUCCUCUUAAUAUCACUUACGGUAUGUUAACCGUUGGAUACUGCCGCGAAAAUGAUAUAUACAAAGCAUUCCAGAUAUGUCGUAUAAUGAUCUCGGCUGGUAUAGAACCAGAUGUUCGCAUAUACAACGCAUUGAUAUCCCUUUUUGCUGAAAGGAAAGAUCCUACUAGCGCGUUCCUUUUAUUUAACGAGAUGCGCGCCUACAACAUUACGCCUGACGCGUACACGUAUACCAAUCUGAUUCAUGCGUAUGCCAAGGCUGGGGAUAUAAGCAGAGCCGAGGAAAUAUUUAUGGAUAUGGAGCUUGCUGGAAUAAAGCCGCAAACUAUUACUUACAAUGUAUUGUUAAACGCAUAUGUAGAGAAGCUGGACAUGAGGCGCGCUCAAAAAUUAUAUAACGAAAUGCUAGAAUCAUUUGUACGUCCGGACGUUUACACUUUUUGUUGUUUGAUCGAUGGAUUCUGUGAAAAAGGAGACCUGGGCGCGGCGGCUACACUUUUUAGACACAUGCAGAAUAACCAUCAAUUGGAACCAGACACUCACAUAUAUACAGUACUAAUACACCGCAAUUUACAACACGGUGAUUUCAGGAAUGCAAAGAGACUUUACGAAAACAUGAUAGACCGUCGCGUAAAACCCACUUACGUUACAUUCGCCGUGCUGAUCCAUGGGCACGCUCGGUAUGGAGACUUGGAUUUCGCCGGGAAACUCGUCUCAGAAUUAGGUUUACGCAAGGAUCCCCCAUUAACAACAUCACACUUGACACUAGCAGAAUGGGUUGAAUCGCAUAUAGUUCGAUCUGAUCCCGUGCUUCCGAAAACCCCGAAAACAAAUUUGGGAUCUGAAUCAAAAAAAGAUUUUUCGGAAUCAUUGUUGUUUUCUUUUGAUUCCCCGUUGAGUCCUUUGCUAAAAUCCCAGCUACCACCGUGUCAUGCGGUCUCUGUUAUGAUUGAUGCGCUCACUGAGACGAAGCGCUAUGAUGAAGUUCAAGAAGAAUGGAAUAGGCUGGCCCGGGAAGGUUUCGAAUUUGACUCUCAUAAUCUGAAUCAUUAUGCUCAAAGUCUUAUAUUAUCCGGUAAAAUCAAGGAUGCUUGUAGUAUCAUAGACAAAUAUUUGAUGGAGGGAUGGAAUCAACAAGUAGAAAUUUGGAAACGUUUUGAUCGCGAAUACUCCACAGAAUCCUUUAUGGAACGAAAGAGACUUUUGAGUCUUGUUGAAAAAUUCCCACACCAAAAAACAUUAUUGAUGCUAGCUGAAUCUUUUGAAAAGAUGAAAAAUCAGGAUUGGUUCAACAUGCAAGAUGUGACAAAGACGCCUACAUCCAUACUGUUAUUAAAUGAAAUUGUGGAGGAAUACCCAGAGGUUGCUCGCUGA